AUGUCGUUCAAUUUAGACGACGAUUUAUGUGAACUAAUCCUAUCCUACAUGUCCUUCGAGGACAGGCUACACAUGGAAUGUGUGAGCCGUCAAUGGUCCAGGGUCAUCUAUACAAGUAUACAUAGAUCACACAAUAAUAUAUGGAAUUGUAUUGAAAAUAGUACCCCUCAAAUAAAGUUGGCUAAACUGAAACUACUGUUCCGCAAAUGUAACCAACUGACCAAUUUCAACUACUCUAAUCUUCUAUGUGAUAGGCGUGUCAUGUCUAUGAUUGCUACAAACUGUGAUAACAUUUGCCGGCUAACUGUGCGCUUCGAGAGCUCAAUAAAUCCGAUUCAAGUGGCAAUACAAGAAAUGUUUGCCAAAAAAUGUGGACCUAAUUUAUUGUCAAUCAAUAUCUGUGAAUAUGAUUACGAUGACUAUAAUUCGGGUUACUAUCUCGAACAUCUCAUAGUAUAUAAAAAUUAUUAUCAACAUUUAUGUGAUAUAUGUGUGCCAAUUGAUUCAUACUAUAGUUAUUUAUUAUUUUUAAAGUUUACUGAUAAAUAUAGUAAUCAAUUGUCACAAUUGAAGUUAAUAUUUAAUUUUAAUGCAUUUCAUAUACCAAUGAAUGAAAUGAUAGAAGAUUUACCAGUAUUUAGUAAAUUACAAAAACUAACACUGAUUUUAAAAGGAGGAAAAUUAGACCUAAGCUCCGGUAGUGUACAGUUGGCCACAAAAUUUCCCAAAUUAACACAUCUGGACAUUGACUGUCGAUUUGAUGCCCAGAAACCAGACGGACCGUUACUUUCAAAAUUAUCGGCAUUCAAAACAUUGAAGUCAUUGAAAUUGAAAAUCCGUAUCAAAGAUGUCGAGUUGGGUUCGUUACAGUCAUUACAGGCAAACCGGUUACGGGAGCUCUACAUUGUUUGCCAAACACUCAGUGACAAACAUUUUGAAGACAUAGACAAAUAUUUUCCAUAUUUAGAAAAACUUGAGAUAAAAACACUACAAUUUUUGUCAAACACAACAUUAGAGUCGUUGGCAAAACUAAGACAAUUGCGAUCAUUAAGAAUAUUCUGUAAGCCUUAUUGUAAUACAUUUAUCAAUGAUAUCGGUAUUCAUACAUUACUCAAUGGAUGUCCAUCAUUGAAAACUGUUGUAUUUAAAUGUGGCCUAAAUAUUACCGAAAUGACAAUCAUAGCGGUCAUGUGUUGGGCCGAGAGGUCACCCGAUAGGCAUCAUGUGUUUGAGUACUGUUGGGGACACUAUAAGCCCGGUUUGGACGUAGAGAUUAACUUUAAUGCCGAUGGCGAGGAACUGGAGUCAUUUCAACAAGAUAUCAAUCAGAUAAAUGCUAUGAUUUACUUAAGGAAUUUGGAGGUAAUUCCCAAUAAUUUACAUAUCUAUUGCAGGGAAUAUGAUAGUUAUAUUAAAGUUAAUAUAAAUGAAUACGAUAUGAUUGCAUAUAAGGGACACUUAAAUCUAGAUAAAGAGUUAAUGUAUGGAUUAAAUGAAACAGUUUUUGAUAGUUCACUCGGAUAUAGUUAUAGAAUAAGCGAUUCAUAUUUAGUUACAUCAUAUAAUCCAAAUAAUACAAAUACGUUAAGUUUUAGAGAUAUGUAUUUUAUGAAAUCUAAAAAAGUUACCAUGAUCAGAUAUUUACUUGAUUGUCUCAAUUAA